AUGAGUUUGGCAAGGCCUUUGGCCUGGGAAAUAGAUGUCGGUUGGCGGACAGCAAGUUCAUUUGGAAUGUGGAAUUUUAAACCGGAGACAAAACAGUCAGUGAUAGCUAAAGUCAAAGAGACAAAUGAAGAUGAAGAUGAAGUUAAAGCGGACAAUGAUCUUAAAGUUGGUGAUUUGUUGCAAUUUGACUUUGAAAUCAUCAUAUUAGCUACUAACAACUUCUCAGAUGCAAAUGAGCUUGGCAAAGGUGGAUUUGGAAGUGUUUAUAAGGGUACACUCGAUGGACAUGAUGUUGCUAUCAAAAGGUUGGCUACCAAUUCUAAGCAAGGAGAAACAGAAUUCAAGAAUGAAGUAUUGCUUACAGGAAAACUUCAACACCGAAAUUUAGUUAAACUACUAGGUUUUUGUUUACAAAGAGGAGAAAGAUUGCUAAUAUACGAGUUUGUCCCCAAUAAAAGUCUCGACUAUAUCAUAUUUGGUAAAUUACUAUACUUUCUCCAGCCUCAUCUUUGA